AUGUGUCAAAAACGUACUGUGCAAUCAAUCCGCACAAACCACAGAAGUGGCUGUCUGACUACGACAAAUUCUGGCUCACACGAUACGCAUCGACGCCGAUCCCAGGCUACGAGAGCGAGGAGCAGCGAUAUCCCGAACCGGCUCCCUUCAACGUACAGCCAGGAUAUGCCAAGCUGGACGUGGGAAGCUCUCGACCACCCAUCGGUGCUCCCGGAAUCCGACCGACGUACAAGGAUUUGCAUCCAAACGAAACGGAAGCUGAAAUUGUACCGUGUGACUUGA